AUGUCUGUCCAAACCAUCGGUUGGCGACCUGAGGAUGGAGUGCCUGACCUCACAGUUAUCAGUAAUAUUGAUGAACAGGGAAUCAAUACUAAUCUGAAAGUCCGAUAUCUUAGGGAACAGAUAUAUACCUAUACCGGCACUAUUUUAGUGGCAGUCAAUCCAUACAAGGAAUUAGAUAUUUAUGAGACGGAAUGGGUUUAUAAAUAUAAUGGACAAAAGAUAUCACAACAAGAGCCGCAUGUGUUUGCCAUCGCCGAAGCGGCCUAUAGUCACCUACAGUUAGACAACGCCAACCAGGCGUGUGUCAUAUCAGGAGAAUCAGGCGCCGGAAAGACAGAGUCCACGAAAUUUAUUUUGCAAUACUUAUGCACCGUUACGUCCAAUCAGUCGACUUGGAUGGAGCACCAGAUUCUUGAGGCCAACACUAUUUUGGAGGCCUUCGGUAACGCGAAAACAGUACGAAAUGACAACUCUUCCCGAUUCGGCAAAUUCAUUCAAGUUUGCUUUGAUUGGCGCUAUCAGAUCAAGGGCUGUAUUAUUCAGGACUAUCUUCUCGAACAGUCAAGGAUUACAUUUCAAUCGGCCGGUGAACGCAAUUAUCAUGUAUUUUACCAAUUAGUGUCCAGCGCUCAACAUAAUGCCGACAUUAGAAACCAGUUCCUCAUUGAUCCCCUUGAAAACUAUGCAUAUCUUAGACAGAGUGGGUGCUAUAAAAUUGAUGGCGUCGACGACACCAAUAUGUUUGAUUCAUUACGACUGGCAAUGUCUGUCCUCAAUAUACCACCCGAAAUGUGUGACGGCAUUUUCUCAGUGCUCAGUGCUAUUCUAUGGCUCGGAAAUCUCCAGUUUGAAGACCAUUUAGAUGGAGAACGCUGUAAAUUAAGUCCCGAUGACGAGAUGGUCAUCGCAACAAUGGCCACAUUGUUAGGUGUGGACGCAUAUAAACUAACAUUGGCUACACUUCAGCGUCAGAUUAAUGUUAGGGGAACUGUCACUGAUAUACCGUUUAAACUGCAAGAAGCGCGUGACAACCGACACGCGAUGGCCAAAGCUCUCUAUUCACGCACUUUUGCGUGGAUUGUCAGUUACAUCAACACGUGUACAAACCCGGGUCAGGAUAGCGACCGUUUUCUCGGUGUACUCGAUAUCUUUGGCUUUGAGAACUUUGAUGUCAACAGUUUUGAACAAUUGUGUAUCAAUUAUGCCAACGAAAAAUUGCACCGAUUUUUCAAUCAUUAUGUCUUUGCAUUAGAACAAGAAAUUUACCGACAGGAGGGCAUCUCAUUUUCUCACAUAAACUUUACGGACAAUACCCCCUGUCUCGAGCUUUUAGAAAAACCCCCCAAAUGUGUGAUACGUUUGCUGACUGAGGAAUGCCGGAUACCUAAGGGAACUGAUAUAACAUAUGUAAAUAAACUUCACUCAGAAUUCGAAACUCAUAGCAAUUACAUCCGCGGUGACGACAGACGUCGUUGGGAAAUGGAGUUUGGGGUCAGACAUUAUGCCGGAGAUGUUGUCUAUAAUAUAACCGGUUUUAUCGAGAAGAACAAAGAUGUACAACAGGACCAACUCUUUGAUCUGAUGCACGACUCGUCAAAUGUUUUUGUCAAAGAUAUCGUCAAAUUUCAGUGGUAUUGGAGUUACCAAAUGACAGCUGAAGAUUUAAUGAAUGUGACGGCCAGUCGUGUGGCAAAUACGACUUACGCUACAAUCAAUCGGAUAGAAAAUGCUACCAAAACAAGCAAAGGUCGGCCAACAGUAGGCGACGCAUUUCGUUUUCAAUUGACAGCACUCGUAGAUUUGCUACACUCAACCAAUCCAUGGUAUGUGCGAUGCAUUAAACCUAAUAUGAUUAAAGCACCGGACUUUUAUGAUGAGCAACAAGUUCAGACACAAUUGCAAUACUUGGGAAUGUUAGAUAUUAUACGAAUUAGACGGGAAGGCUUUCCUAUACAUUACCCAAUUAGUCAAUUUGUGUUAAGAUAUCGGUGUUUAGUUUUGAAGUAUUUGCGUCAUAUGGGUCUUCAGGCAGACGCGGCCGCAAAGAUAUUAAUGAUGUUAAAGAUGCCAAAGACUGAGUGGCAAAUCGGCAAAACCAAAGUUUUCUUAAGAUUAACAGUUCACGAACCACUUGAAGAACAACGAAAAACUUUAUGUCAUCGGAUGGCUGUUAUAAUACAGAAGCGAUUAAAAGGCUAUUUUCAAAGACAAAAGUUUCUUAAUCUGAAGUAUUGUGUCAUUUUCAUACAAUUACAUUUUCGAGGACAUUGCGAUCGGCUUAGGUAUCUGAGAAUGAAAAGGGCGGCCAUUACUAUACAGGCGUUUGUAAGAGGAAUGUUUGCUCGAGAAGUGGCGGCCGCUAUGAAACAAAUGAAACGCGUAGAAGAAGAGAUGAGACGUAAAGAACAGGAAGAAUGUGAACGAAAAUUACUCGAAGAACAGAGAAGGUUAGCUCAACUACAACAACAACAACUGCAAAAUGGUGUCAAACAAACUGAUGGCGACCACAAUGUCGACACAAAUGAAGAGCAAGUCAACGAAUCGCUUCUUGCUAUAUUGGAGGAGCGAUACGGAUUGGCACAAAAAGAAGUGCAGACAAUAGCCCGACUUAUUGAACAAAAUGGAUUAUUGCAGAGGACUGUCAUCGAUGGCGGUUCCGACGGUAACUCCAAGUCCUCUUACGCUGAUUUGGAACAAAUGUUCUCAUUUUUGGCAGAAAUUCAAGAGUCGAGAGGUGAAGAAAUUGUUGGUGAUAUUAGUCAACAGUUUGAUCAAUUGAUCCAACAAACUGAGUGUGAUAUGAAUGAUCUUAAUCAGAAAAUAUCGGAAAUGCCAGUUGAGUCCAUAGACACACCAAACAGUCCUAUGCUUCCACCCACCGGUUCAGAUAUGCUAUCAGAUACUAUACCAUCAACAGUAUCCACUACACCACUGCCAUCACCAGGUGGUGAUCACGACAGACAAAGUAGAGAAGUGGACAGUUUGAUCAGUGCCACAGAGUCGGAGCGAUCACCACUUUAUACUCCAUUACAACAAACAGAAAGAAGUUAUUCAUUUGAAUUUCAAGACGAAGACGAGAACCAGUCGUUUGUCGUUCAAAACAACAUUAAUAAUAUAAAGCAAUCGCUAACUAAUGGAAAUUCAAGCGAUAAUCAACAUAUUAUGACUGAAAAGAUCAACGGAUGGACUGAUAAAGAUAAGACUCCGAUAACGACACCAAUAAUGCAACAGUCAGUGAUCGACAAUAAAUUGUUGGCAAAACAACAGAUGAUAUUAAAUGAACAACAAAAUGAUAAAAAUGUUGUCGAUUUGCGGACACACGAUAUGACAGAGUUUGCCGACAAGUUUUUUAAUAAUCACAUUCGCGACUUCGGUAGUGGUGUUAUCCGGACGUUAACUCGUAAGAGGAAGACUGGCGACGAUUUUAUACCAAAAGCUGAAAUGUUUGUUUGGACGGCUAAUAAUGCCAUUCCCACCACUCAUAUUCAUCUUCAUGACCCAGAAAACGUAGUGCUCGGGUGCGCCAUAUUCAAGGAGUUAAGCAAAUAUAUUGAGGGAAAUCUUAAACUCGAAGCUGAGGUUCGGCUCAUUCAGACUAUCAUUGGUCACGGAAUAGAACGCGAAGAAUUGAGAGAUGAAAUAUUUGUUCAAUUGGUUCGUCAGUCAAACGGAAAUCCAUCGCGCGAUGAAACUAUUCGGGUGUGGAUGAUGUUAGGACUGACCACUGCUGCCUUUCAGCCGACCAAAGUGUUUGCCAAAUACUUUCUUAGUUAUCUUCGUAAACAUCUUCGUAAAGACGCAUCCAUUUCAUGUUACGCUCAGUUCUGUAUCGAUAAUCUUCAAUCACCGAAAGCUCAUAUCCGACGUAUGCCUCCGUCAUCUCUUGAGAUCAAUGCUGUUCGUACACUUAGUAGUCUUGUUUGUCGCUUUUACUUCCUCGACGGUCGUACCAAAGCUAUAGACAUACAUCCAUGCGAUACUGCCAACGAUGCAAUGAACUGUUUGUCUAAUAAAAUAGGUUUGCGAUCAUUAGAGGGUUGGGGUCUUUACGAAGUGACUCCAGAAUAUGAGAGAGUCAUCAAAGGACACGACUUUAUAGCCGAUAUUAUUACAAAUUGGGAAAUGUUUCAAAAGAAUAGUACUUAUGGUACCAAAGGGUCAGCCAAACAAAGCUUUACAUUAGGUGGGGGCGACUGUCGGUUUGUGUUCAAGAAAAGAUUGUUUAAAAACACGUGCGAAAUACCACACGACCCCAUAGAGGUCAACCUUUUAUAUGCUCAAGCAGUUCACAAUGUUGUCAAAAAAGAUGAAUUCCCAGCGAGUGAAAGGAUAGCUUUACAAUUGGCUGGACUUCAAGCUCAGGUAUCACUCGGUGAUUAUGUCGAGGGAAGACUAUCGAGUUAUGAAGACAUCGAAAAUUAUAUCUGUUUUAGGAUUAGAAAAGCAGCCAAUUAUACAAAGAUGGAGUGGGCCGUCAAAAUAGCUGAUGCACACAGAAUGUAUGGCAAAGGCAAAGCUGAUCUCGUGGCCAAAGUCUGGUACUUAUCGGUUGUCAUGCAAUACCCGACAUAUGGAGCCACUCUAUUCCCGGUCACAUAUAAGGGUUAUCUCUCCUACGGACACAAUCUGAUGCUUGGAGUUAAUUCUGAGGGUAUAUUGAUUACCAAUCCAUCGGAUAAAUCAAUACUUAAUGCUUACCGUUAUUGUGAUAUUGAAUCGCUGACUGUAUUUCCAACUGAAAACUUGUUGUCUAUAAAACUGAUCAAAACCUUAGUUGAAAGUCAUAAGGGAUUAAUAUUGACAUUUGAGACGAAUCAAAAAGAAGAAAUCGCAGCACUUGUGGCCAGUUAUUCACCGAAUCACUCAAAUUGGAUGAGACAAACAAAUGCUAUCAAUGGACUAAACGGUGCAAAUGGUGAACCUAAUAGACGAAGACUCUUGAAAAUGACUUUAGAGGACCGAAUGAAGUUACAUCACGAUGUAGUCAACUGUCGCCGAGUCCUUAUUGAUAGUAAUAUCAUGAGACGACCGCCCGAUGAAAAUCGUGGACUUUUCCGCAAUACGUUAAGACGUCUAAAUAAAGUCCGAAUCGAUAAAUUGAAACAAGAAUUCGGGUCUGAGUUCGAUGAGGCCUUCUUUCGACAUUUUCCGCACUCAUUCUGGGCUUAUACCAAAAGUCCAAUGCAAAACUCCAUACUUGUUAUAUCUGAUCCUGAAUUAGAAGCCAUGGCUGUCAACAAUUUCAAUGCCAUUUUGGCCUAUUCUGGAUUAAACAUCGCAGAAACUGAAGAAAGUGCUUUGGAUGAAAAAGAGUGGCCACGACAUCAGGAAAAAGAUCAAAUUAGAUUAGCUCAGAGUAUAUUAGAUAAAUGUCUUCGUAAAGAUGCAGAUAUUUUGCGAAACGAGUUUUUCCUACAAUUAAUCAAACAAACCACCGAUCAUCCCGAUCCCAACAGUCGAGUCAAUGUCCGGCACUGGCAACUUCUGGCACUGGCCUGUAGUAUAACAUAUCCCAGUGAUCGCCGUAUAUUGGCUUAUCUUCACUCUCAUUUACGUCGAUGUGCUUUAGAUGAGGUCACUCAAGAGGGACAAUACUCUCACUUUACUCUUCGCAAUCUUCAGGGAACUCUUGAAACUCGCGGUCGAAAGUUAGCCCCUUCUAGAGCUGAGAUAUUGAGCACAAUUAAUUGUCGGCGCAUAUAUGCGAGGAUACACUUUUUGGACGGUCAGUUCCAAGCCGUCGAAUUUGAUGCCUGUGCUGUCAUAUCGGAAGUGAUCGAACAAAUACAACUUAAAAUUGAUUUACGACAAAACGCUUCGGGAUAUGCACUCUACCAGAUGCUCGGUCUUAAUGAACAGGCCUUACAACCUGAAGAAAAAGUUGGCGACGCUGUGGCCUAUUGGGAGAAAUGGAACGAAGAACAAACCAAAACCGGAACUAUCGGCAAAAUACCACCAGAAAGGACUCACUUCUUCAUCUUUAAAAAACACUUACUUUUAGACGCAUUCGUUGAUAUGUCGGAUGCGGUCGAGAAAGAGCUUUUGUAUCAUCAAAUUGUCACAAAUAUACGGUUUGAUAGGUUUCCUAUUACAGAACAGGAGGCUGUCAUGUUGUGCGCCCUUAAAGCACAGAUAGAUUUAGGAGAUUAUGAUAACGGAGUUUUAGAUUAUCGACAACUUAUUGGUCAAUGUCUUCCACCUCGUCUUCUCAACAGAAUAGCACCCGAAUCAGUGGUUACACAGCACCAGACAAUUCAGGGAAUGCAAACAGACGAGGCUAAACAAUCUUUCUUCAAUCUGAUCCAGUCGUGGCCCUUACACAGAGCUACCAUUUUUGAAGUCAUGCAAACUUAUACCUCUUCAUGGCCUAAGAACCUAUGGCUGGCCAUCGAUCAAAUGGGUCUUCAUUUGCUUGAAUUAAAAACUCGAAAUGUAUUGUCUUCAUGUGAUUAUCGAAAUAUUGUUGAUUACAAUCCAACCAUUAAUAGUCUUAUGAUUGUUGCGAUGGCCAGCACUUCCACCAAAACUAUGAAAUAUAUGUUUUUAACACAACAGGCCCUACAAAUAGCACAACUGAUACGCGACUACACAUCAGUGUUGGCUAAUGAAAGGGGAAUCGGUAGAAGAAAAUCUGUGGAAUUUGAUUUAGCACUUCGGCCGCCACAGACAGGUCAUCAUAUGAUACCACCGAUACCACAACCGAGAAGAACUGUCCAAAGAGGAGCACCGGGUGGGGAACAACUGUAUCAGAAUCACCAAUUGACGAGACAACAGCAAAUACAACAACAUCUUUAUCAACAGCAACAACAACAACAAAUGUAUCAAAAUAUGCGACGAUUGCGACCAAUGAGUAUACUCCAGAAACCGCCGCCACAGAUCAUAAUGACUGAACCGGAACACGUCUAA